AUGAAUUCAACUAGUCAAAAUCAUGCUCCAACUGCAAGUAGUCAAGAUGUGGGAGGUUCGGGUUCUAAUCAACAAAAUACUGAUUCUGUGGAUCAACAAGAUGGAACAAAUAUUAAUGAUACAGACACAGUUUUUGAUGAAGAUGGAGAUGAAGUUGUUGGUUCGAAAAGAGCAAUACGUUCACCGGCAUGGCAACAUUUUAUAAAAUUUAAAUUGAAUGAUGAAGUUAAAGCAAGAUGUAAACAUUGCUCUAAAGUGUUGGGUGCAGAUAGCAAGAAUGGCACAAAACAUUUACUUGCACAUUAUCAGCGUUGUUUACACAAACCUUAUCCAGAUAUUCGUCAAUCUAUCUUGGUGCAAGAAAAAAAGAAAUUAGAUGGUACUACAACGCAUGUUUCAAACUAUACAUUUAAUGCUGAUACUUCUAGGAAGGAUUUGGCUGAAAUGAUUAUUGUGCAUGAGUAUCCGCUUUCAAUUGUAGAGCAUCAUGGAUUUAGGAAGUUUGUGGGAGGUCUUCAACCUUUGUUUAAGGUUCCUUGUCGAAACACCAUCAAGGACGACAUCAAAAGAAUUUAUGAUUACGAAAGGGAUAAAACUAUGAGUUUGUUAGCAAAGACCAAAAGCAGAAUUGCAGUUACUACUGAUAUGUGGACAUCUAAUCAUCAAAAAAAAGGAUUUAUGGCAAUGACAGCACAUUUUGUAGAUCAAAACUGGAACUUGCAAAGCAGAAUUAUGAGGUUUAUUUACGUGCCUUGUCCGCAUACAUCUGAUGUUCUUGCCGACAUACUUUAUACUACUUUGUGUGAUUGGAAUCUUGAUAGGAAAGUGUCAACUCUUACUGUGGAUAAUUGCACCACAAAUGAUGCAAUUAUCAGGAUAUUAUUAGAGAAACUUCCUCUAAAAUCACUAAUGAUGAAUGGUGAUUUGUUUCAUAUGCGUUGCUGCGCACAUAUUCUCAAUCUUAUUGUCCAAGAUGGCUUAUCUCUCAUUAAAUUUGAGAUUGAGAGAAUCAGAGAGAGUGUUGCAUUUUGGUCUGCAUCACCAAAGAGGGAGCAAAAUUUUGUGACAGCAGCAGAACAGUUGGGAAUACCAUACUCAAAGAAGUUGAUACUUGACUGCAAGACACGGUGGAACUCUACAUUCUUGAUGUUGAGUGUUGCUAUAAGCUACAAAGAGGUUUUCGAUCGGGUAAAGACAAGAGACUCGAAGUAUACAUGUUUUCCUACAGAAAAGGAUUGGGAGUUGGCUAGUGAGAUUUGUGAAAGAUUACAACUUUUUUAUGAGGUGACUGUUAUGUUCUCUGGUUCAAAGUAUCCUACAGCUAAUGUUUUCUUUCCUUUGAUAUGUGAGAUUGGGUAUUCUUUGCGUGAGUGGACGAAAUCUCCUAUUGAGGAGAUUAAGAUGAUGGCUGACCAAAUGGUUUCUAAGUUCAAUAAGUAUUGGUCUGUAAUUCAUGGGGUAAUGGGAAUGGCAGCGAUUUUAGAUCCACGAUACAAAUUAAAGUUUGUGGAGUUACUUUUUCCUGUACUUUAUGGAGAAGAAAAGGCAAAGAUUGAAUUUCAAAAUUUGGAGGCGUUUGUCCAAACUUUGUUUCAAGAGUACGUGUCAAGUAAUGCAUCUAAAAAAAGGAAGAGUGAAGGUAUUAUAUUCUUCUUAUUGUUUGUAUAA